AUGUGGGACCUCGAGUAUGGUUGCGAACGAUGCAAACUUAAGCGCACUCUUACGCGAACAAGGCGUGAGGAACAAGACAGGGUCCUGCGGCAGCCCGGAACAAGAAGCCGAAGCUCCAGGAUCCUGAUCAGUGCCCACCGAUAUGCGAUCGGUAACGACACGGAAGGGAGAUAUUUAGGGCGGUGCCUUGGUGUUCCAAACGUUAACCUACUCAAACCCAAGCUCCCAACAGCAAGGGACGCCAUCGGCUUAAAGGGAAGUGCACACGCCUACCUGGCGCAUGUGUUGCGAACCGUUUAUCGGGCUGCAGUCUCUACGUAUGGCCAACUACUGACGGCACCCGGUGAAGGCAAUUGCAUCGACAUCUUCACUUGCCUGUCACACAUCACUGCUUCCGUCCCCAACGUCAAAAGAAUCAUCAGCCUCGUCAUCCUCAUCUUGGACGUGUCUUUCAGUAGUGCAAUCAAGAUGUCUUCUCCGGUUUCGGAGCCUUCCGAUAUCGCAAGCAAGACUUCCUCUGCUUCGAAAUCUUCUGAGACCAUGAGCGAGAUCCCAGCAGCUCCGGUAGCAUCCAGCAGUACAACUUCGACAUUACCGGGUCAGGAGCCACCUAAUCGAAACACAUCUGGUCUACCUUACAACGCCUUCGCUAGAGUCACCCUAGACUCUUUGUCGCCCAUGCUUGACCUCGAUUUUCAUUACCGGGACAGCACAAGCGACUAUAGGUACAGGUAUAACGAAAGCACCGGGUCUCGGCAAUGUCGCGUUCAGGAUUGUGGUAACGGCGGCCGCAUAGGCUUGGGUUUCCACUUCGUGGGCACUGGGUAUAGACUGAACGGUGGGGCAACCACCCCGAAGUUUGCGACCACCCCUGGCUUUGGAACGAACGAUUUGACCCUGUUGAAGCGCGUUCGCUUCAACUCUGUACGGGGUGGGGAUGGUUUGGGAUGGAUGUCCGGCCUCGAUGUUGCUCCUUACAGAGUAUCGGCUACCUUCCACGAUCGCGAUGUUGUAUUCGAAAACGCCACUAUAGACAUACCGCCGAAAUUGCAAGACUGGGCGACUCGAGCGCAAGUGCUUUCGGUCGCGGAGAACAACACUUUAAGCCCUCAGAUCACCUUACAGCAAAGCUCCGUUCGUUAUGAGCUGAUAGCAAUGGAGAAAGCCGAUCUCCCUCCACCCGAAAAGAAAAUUAGCUUCCCCUACAUCGAGAACGACAUGGGGGGCAAGACGAAAUGGCGUCUUUACAAGGAGCCAGAGCACGCUGUUCUUUAUAACAUGACUGAGCUCGUGUAUAAGAUACCGCAAAACACCUCGUUGGUCGAAGUUCUUGGCCCGAGCGGCGAUUACUCGUACUGGCUCGGCGGGAGCGAAUGCUAUGCCGCGGUCGACCCACGACCGGUGUGGGGGCAGUAUAAUGUCUUGCCAACCUCUAUCUCGAAAAAGGUUGCGAAUGUUUCAGACCAGACAUUGUUUCUUCUGCCGCUCGCACCAGAUGUUGACUACACUCUGCAUGUCGGCGGCAGGAGUCAUGACACAUCUUGCCCGAUCAGUGCGAUCAGGUCUUACCCCCCGUCUCAGAAUUCGAGCGGUGGAGGCGAUAGCCCCCAAGAAAGUGCAGGGUUGCCCACCCCUUCUAAGCCUGCCGGCAAGUCGACUACUGGCCUAAUCGUUGGGGUGGUUUUCGGCGUCGUGGGGGGACUAAUCAUACUUGUUCUCUUCUUUUGGUGCAACCGCCGCAGACGGAAGAGGAUGGUCCAGCAGAGUGUGAGAAGCCGAUCGCCGGUCCGACGCUUUGUGCAGGAAGAAGACGCCGGAGAGAUUCUUGAAUAUCUUCCUCCGCAGUAUAGGGAAAACUGGCAGCAGAAUGGUGGGAGCACGCCAUCUGGAGCGACCUCGAUUGGGGAGUCGUACGACCCAUCACGCAGCUCUGCAGCAUCUCAAAGGCCGCUUGCCGCUCACAGGAGCGGUGUGGAACGCGAAGGAGACAUCUCCCCUCUGAAGCGAGCGUACAUGCGGACCUUCGGCCGGUUGCACCAUCCGCCCGAUGACGCUCAGCGGCCCGUGUCUCUGCAGGAGGAGUAUAAGCGGAUCGUUGAGCAUCCUAAGAACCUCUCAAACCUGUCGAAGCACACUAACGAGCCUGACAAAACAGCCUCGAUGGCGCCUUUCCCAACGAGUCACUUUGCUUCCGCCGAUACCCAGAUUGCCGAUAUCCAACCUCCACUUCCUGGUCUCUCCUUCUGUUCAUCUCCGACUCUCAUGCCCACUCUCGACUGGGCAUACUACCCCCAUAUCCGAGACCUCAUCCUCGACGCCGCUCCAGACGAUGUGAUUCCAUCCCUCCGCUUGACCCAACGGUCUGUGCGCGAAUACCUCGAUCGUCGCCUUGCGAAUCACAUUCUUUACGUCGUCAAGAAGGGCCGGCUUUACACUCGCGUAGGUCACAUCCAGCUUGCGUUUCAGACCGAAAACACUGCUUCAAGGAUUGAGGCGAUCGACGUCUAUCCCCCCGACCUCUUCGAGCCGCAUGAUGCUGUUGGUCUUCAUCUCCCGAACUUACGGUACGCACGCCUCCCUUGCAUCGGCGAUCUGUACAACGUUUUGCCAAAGAUCACCUCUGCCCCGCAAUGCGUAAUUCAAGCGGUCCUACCGAAAGAUGCCGUCGAGGAUGUUACCCUCAACUUCUGGGUGUCUAAAAAGACACAGAAGAUGGUCUUUGUCCUCCCUCGUCGGCUCUCUGCCCUACGCUGUCGAAACAUCCACUACAGCCCGGCGCUGAGUGACGUGCACAUGUCCGAACUUGUGAUCGUGUUAUUGCCGGGACUCGACAAUGUCUGGGAUGAGGACGAGGAAGGAGUACCCAUCGCCAACCGCUUUAAGCCAGACUAUCUGCAAAGCAUUGUGUUGGAGUGUCUCCGCGUGCCGGGAGGCACUCUGACAUUGGUUGGACUUGAAGGUCUGAACAGGAAGAUUGCCAGCGAGACCACAGUAGGAGACCUGCUUCGACGGCACUUUCGCGAAGACUUUCACUUCAAGCGUGCUGUCUGGCCGGAGAACCACCGAGGCCGACGACUCCAUUUGCUCUCGCUCGAAGAAUGGAAGGCCCAGGUACCGGCGCAGGAGUGGGAGCUGGUUUCAACGCUUCCCGAACGCCUGAAAUUCACCGACUUCCGAUCCCCCUUUCACCAUCGCACCCUCUCCCACUUGCUCGACAAGCCCAUGGUUCUCAUCGACUGGGCCUUCUAUCCGCAUAUACGAGAUCUCAUCCUCGACUUCGCUCCCGAUGAAGCCAUUCCCGCCCUCCGAUUGACUCAGCGAGCUGUCCGUGAUGCCGUGGACCGCCGGAUCGCAGAGCAUGCAGUGUAUGUGAUCGACCCGCCGCGAAUGUACACAAAGAGGGGCCACAUCAACUUGCCUUUCCAAUCGCGGGACCUGAAGUGGAGAACACGGAUGCUGGAUGUUCAUGCCGGGAAAUCGACAAGUUACAACCGCAAUGAAGGUCUCCCUGCCCACUUCCCAAAUGUUCACUGCGUCCGCCUCCACGGACAGACGAGCGGGGUAGUCGUGGAGCGACUCCUCGGAGGACUUUCGCCGUCAAUGGUGCUCGAGUCGAAGUUCAAUCGUAAACGGUUUCUUGGGGAACAGCUCUGCGCUCCCUCCAGCUGUAAGCUACCGCUCCCUGUCGUCAUACAACCCCUCAUCCCUCGGGCGACUGAAGACUACCACAUCGCGCUAGGCACCUUUCUCACUGGCUGCACGACCAAGUUAGUAGCUGUCUUUCCACAGGAUCUAUCAAAGCUUCAUUGCGACGAGAUUGAUUUCGGUAUUCAUGCGGAGACGAAGGAAACUGAACUUGUCGUUCUCUUCCUGCCGUCGUUUAGCCCAGAACCGCCAAUCGACGAGCGCCUUCUCGAAUGCAAGUACUCAUACGACAAAUUCUCAUGGGACAUCCAUGGCGCUUUCAUGACGAACGCUGGCAAGCUCACUAUUGUCGGACUGAGGACCUGGCAGGAGAACACGGGCGAUCAUGAUCCCGAUAAAUUAUUGCGCACGAUCAGCAUCGAGGAGUGGAGGAAAGAGAUAUCAGAAGAGGAGUGGGCCGCCGUCGAAUCACCUCCUGGAUGCUGCUGGGAGAAGUGUGCCAACUAUGAGGCCGAACUCAUCUAG